AUGCAUGUUUUCCAGGAUGAGAUUACAGAGAAUAUAACGACAAUCAUAGCUAAUUCCACCAUCACUCCAUCACCUGACCCAACAAUUCCCAUAGGGAUUGGCUAUAUAUCUGUAUUAAUAUCAGUUAUUUUUUUUGGUUCAAAUUUUGUUCCAGCAGCAAAAUAUCCAAUAAAAGAUGGACUUUCAUUUCAAUUCUUUAUGUGUUGCGGAAUAUGGAUAACAGGUGCUGUUAUUAAUUUAAUUGUUGGAAGCCCUCCUUUUUUUCCAUUAGUUUUAAUUGGAGGAGCUUUAUGGACAACAGGAAAUAUUCUUUCCGUAUUUGUAAUAACUAUUAAUGGUCUUGGUUUAUCUAUGUUAUUAUGGUGCACUUCAAAUUUAUUUAUGGGAUGGGCAAGUGGACAUUUCGGUUGGUUUGGUUUAAUAGCAGAGCAAGUCGAAAAACCUGUUUUUAAUUACAUUGGUGUUACUCUUGCUGUUCUUAGCGGUCUCGUUUUUCUUUUUAUUAAUACUGGAAAGAAUAAAAAAAACAUUGAAGAGCAACAACCAAUUCUUCAAUCAGAUGGCACACUAACAAUAAAUAGAUUUACUGAAGAGGAAUCAAAAGUGGAUAGUACUCUAUCAUCACCUAAAAUAGAUAUUCGAAUGCGUAUAAUUGGAUGUGUAUUAGCUAUUAUAAGUGGAAUAUUUUUUGGUCUUAUGUUUACUCCAAGUACAUAUAUACAAGAUCAUAGAAAGGAUAAAUAUCCAACAGCAUCAAAAAAUGGUCUUCAUUAUAUAUUUUCACUGUUUACUGGAAUUUUUUUAUCGUCAUCAUUUUAUUAUUUAAUAUAUAUGAUUGUUAAACGUAAUCGUCCAUAUGUUUAUAUAGAAAGUAUAUUACCUGCAUUCAUAUGUGGAAUUAUGUGGGCAAUUGCAGAAGCAGGUUUCCUGGUUGCAAAUAGUUCAUUGAGUCAAGCAAUAUCGUUUCCAUUAAUAUCAAUCGGACCAUCGACAUUAGCUGUGCUUUGGUCGAUAUUAUAUUUUAAAGAUAUAGUUGGGUUAAGAAAUUAUUUUAUAUUUGGUGGUGGAACAGUAAUUCGGAUAAUUGCAGCUAUUUUUAUUAUUUUAUCCAAACCAAUUCCUAAUUGA